AUGGCCGAGGCAGUUCGGAAAAUGGCCUUUGACACGGUCCAGCCGGCUUCCGCGUCCUUGCAGGCCAUGCAGGCCCUUCUGUUACUCUGCCAGUGGCCUCUUCCGUACCCACGAGCGCAGGAUCCAUCUCAUUCCUUCAUCGCGUUGGCCACCAACUUUGGCCUUGGGAUGGGGCUGCAUCGACCACGUCACGCCGGCGAGUAUGUCAAUGAAAUUUCCUUCGACGCGGAGACGGAGGCCGUUCGGAGGAGGACGUGGGUGGUGUGCUUUAUCACGAAUGUGAGUGUCCAUGGUGGACGGGGGCUCCCGGCCACAGUGCAGCUGGAUCAAGGUCUCCUCGAGCUUCUGGUGGCCAAACCGGCGUGGCUGCCUACCACGCUGUACCACCAACUCCAUCUGUCACAACACGGCUUUAAAAUGAUUUCCAGCCUUGGAUGCUGUGAGUCAUCGAGCACAGGCUUACUGCCCGCGGCGAUGCCCAUCAUCCGGACCUUUGAGACUGAAUUGCGGGCUCUAGAAUGCCAGUUUUGUUCCUCCUGGUCGCCCAUUGAGUACAUAGUCUUCCUCGGCUACCGGAUGAUCUUGUACAUAUUCGCCCUCUCGUCGGCCGACAACAGCAACACCGGCGAUGGCGGUUCCGGAUCCACGUCGAGGUCCAUGGAGAUUGAGACUCUUUCACAUUGGCUCAUCCAAGGCUACGUGACGGCGACCGCCAUCAUCCAAACGGCGUCGGCUCUACAGGACCAGCUGUUUCACGCCCCUUGUCGUGUCCAGAACAUGGUCACCAACGCGGUAUGUUUCCUGCUGCUCCUGAAAAGUUCUCCCCACCACAAUCUGGUCAACAACAGCACGCUCUUCAACUGUAUCAGUCAGGGCUGGCAGACUUUGCAAGGCCUCUCCAUCACCCAAGGCGAUAUCAUGUCUCGCGCAUGCUGGCUCAUCGAGCGUUUCAGCAAGGUCUUGUACAACGGCAGGCCCGGGCGGGAGGGAGGGGACAAAACGGAUGCAUUUCUACUUGUCAGAUCGAGGAUGGGCGCAAACGUCCUCUUGAGUGUCGUCCGUCGGGCCAGGCAGUACUUCGUCCCACUGCAGGAGCCAGCUACGACGACAGCACCAGCACCAGCACCAGCAUCAGCACCAGCACCAGCAUCAGCACCAGCACCAGCACCAGAUCCCUCGGCCAUGUUACUUGUUGGAGACCAUGCACCUGAGUCCGACACACCGAAUAUAUGGGAUGCCGACGGCGAGUCGUUCGCUGAUAUCAACUGGGACGAAUUGUUCUCCGAGAUGGCCGGCUAUCCGAGCUUUUGA